GAGACGGGGCUGAGGUUCUGAGGAAGAGGCCGGGGUUUUUUUGUUUUCCUUUUUUGCGGCGCGGGCGGGGAAGGUUCGGUCGAGGGUUCCGCCGCGAGGUAACCGGGGAGAGGUGCCCAGCUUUGGGGUGGGCCUCCCUCAGCCAUGGAGCACAUCACGACGCCCAAGGUAAGGGGUGAUGUGUGUGUGAUAGAGAAAUGUGGCAGGUGCUGGCCAUUCCUCCUCAUGAGGCUUUUUCAGCCACCCCCCAUCCCCCAAAUUUUCAGCUAGUCCUUCCCAUCCCCACAUAACGGAGGAGGAGAUGGUGAGGAAGGCCUAUUGUGGAUAUUUCCUUCUUCUCCCCCCAAUCCCUCCCCCCUUUUUGGUAAACCAUAUGCAGUGUAAAGUAAGGGGUCCCUGAGCACGUGCAGAGUGCAUUUCAUGUUCGUCUUUCUGGUGUCUUAUGCCCUAAUCUCCUAUUUGCUUGGAGGGUGCGUGCUACAACCCUUUAAAAAAUCUCACUAUAGUAAAAAUAAAUAAACAUACAUACCAAUGAGUAGAAUAUGCAAAAUGAAACAUUAUUAAAAUACAUAACUUUAAAAUAGAAAUCAUUCAGUAAUGAUAAUAUCCCGUACUGAUGUAGUGGGGUUAUUUUAUUGUGCAUCUUAAUUACAAAUGCUUACAUUAAAUGUUUGUGUGACUGGUUUUGUGCUUUUUAUAUCGUUUAGAAGCCUGUUUCAGCAUUAAGUGAUAUAGUAGUAGUAAUAGUAAUGAUGAUGAUACCCAUUUAAAGCCUGCCAGGAAUCCUUGUUUUCCUUUUUAAACCAGACAGCACUAGUAUUACUGUAUGCUAGCCUUGAGGCUGCUGCUGAAUUGCUAAACUGUGGAGUUAGGUCUUGAUAACACCACCUGGCCUUCUUGUACACAGGAAUUGUUAGUCUUAAGGAUGUUUUCCUCCUCCCACAACAAAACCUAAUCAGACCCUCAUUCUCAUCCAGCCUUGCUCCAGACUCCUAGAUCUUAGUCUCAGCAGCUGGUUGGGGUGUUGAAGGGGGGCAGUGGUUAGAAGCAUAGUUAUAUGCAGUGUAAUGUAAUCUCAGAGUUUUUGAGCUUGUAAUAGAGUGCAUUCCCAUAAUCUUUCAGAUGUUACAUUAUUGCUGGUGAACUGGAAUUGAUUAGCAUUGGCAUAAUGGAAUAUGCUUUCAACAAGUCUUGGAAAUGGCUCAGCUCAUCACUGAAAAUAAUAAUAUUUCUAUAAACGUUUGUGUGCUUAUUGUUCUCCCUUAAUGCAUACUGAAACCCUGAGCCUGCUUCCCAAGGUGCUCCUCAACCUUUGCCACUUAUCCACAUAAGGUGGGCUUCUUGAGAUCUUGGUCCUAGAAUCUGGUCUUGAAAGCAGGGAUAAUUGGUGCCAGACUGUGCAGGCAUCUCACAGGGAUUCUGAGCAUGUGCAGAAUAUAUUUCCCACUUUUAGCACCUUAAAUGGUAGAUUGAAAUUCAUUAGCAAAAUUCAGAUUGGUAAAAUGUACUAAUCUAUUCAUUUAGCUUGUUGACAUGAUACUCUGCAGACAUUUGAGCUUGUGUAAAAAUGUCGUAGUCUUGCGUAUCAUUGCCUUUUUGGACUCACUACACAUUUUUUCCUGUGCUUUUUCCUGUAGUUUUUCUGUAUUUAAAUCAGCCACGUAAAUAAGACUAUGUAAAUAUAUAAGCAUGCUAAGUGGCCAGUAACCUCUGUUCCCAUGCUUACUGUAGAGAAUGGCUUCACUAUGGAAUGCUUACUGUAGGUCAUAGCUUCACUAUGGAAUAGUGAGUCGUGGGUCUUUUGACAAAUUCACUCCUGAGUACCCCCUCGGGUGCUAUGGAGUCAGUUUUACUCCUUAGUAUACUGAAGAACGGUGGUUGAUGAAAUGGAAUGGUCAAGGGCUGGAGCACAAGUGGUGUAAAUCUUGAUUGGAAGCUGACUGAGCACAUGCUCAUAAUUUGACCUUCCACAUGGCCGUGAGGGCCAUGAAGGGAUCCUACUCCGUUGCCUCCAUUGCAUCCUCAGGGAGCCAUCCAGCAAACCUUUUCUGUGUCCAGAGAUUGGUUAUUCCUGACGAGGCAAGGGUUGAUCUUUGGAGUACAGUGGUACCUCGGGUUAAGAACUUAAUUCAUUCUGGAUGUCUGUUCUUAACCUGAAACUGUUCUUAACCUGAAGCACUACUUUACCUAAUGGGGCCUCCCACUGCCGCUGUACUGGCGCCAAGCAAUUUCUGUUCUCAUCCUGAAGCAAAGUUCUUAACCCGAGGUAUUAUUUCUGGGUUAGCCGAGUCUGUAACCUGAAGCAUCUGUAACCCGAGGUACCACUGUACAAAGUCGCCAGCUGUAACCAGAUGGCUAAACAAUUUGAGGAUAAAGUUGCUUGGCUCCACAGCAAUUUAGAUGCUACUAAAUCGAGAACUAUAAUAAAUUAAAAGCAACAUCCAUAAUUGUACUUACUGCUCCAAAACUUUUUCUUUCAAAGUCUUUGGUUGAAUAUUGAAGAAUGUGAAGAAAAUAUUUUGUUUAGUGGGUUUUUUCACUUGCUGGAGCAUUCUCUGAAUUCAGGAAUGAACAUUAUCUAGCAAGCGCAUGAAAGCAUUUACAGUGGUACCUCUGGUUACAUACGCUUCAGGUUACAGACUCCGCUAACCCAGAAAUAGUACCUCGGGUUAAGAGCUUUGCUUCAGGAUGAGAACAGAAAUCGCACGGCAGCGGCGCGGUGGGCCCCAUUAGCUAAAGUGGUGCUUUAGGUUAAGAACAGUUUCAGGUUAAGAACGGACCUCCGGAACGAAUUAAGUAUGUAACCAGAGGUACCACUGUACUGUAUAGUUUAGGCAUUCUUCACUGAGAAAUGAUAAGCAAACAGCAGCUCCAACUAGCAUGGACAAUGAUAAGAGAUUAUGGGACUUCUAGUCUAGAAGCAUCUGGAUGGCCACAAGUUGGCCACCCCCAUUUAAAAAUAUUUAUGACUUUAGAAAGUUGGUGUCUCUUUAACUAAAGCAUCAUACUCUUACCUAAGAUGAAGAAAUCUACGUGCAAUAUUUUUAUUUAACCUAAUAGUGGUUUAUCUGAAUGGAAUAGAUAAGAAAAGCAAAUGCCGCAUGAAAGGGUCCCAAUGUGUCAUUCAUAUAUCAGGAUCAGGAAACUCUUGGCUUAGCCAUCUUGCUGCUGCUGUGUCCUUUUAACUUGUUACAUCCACACUCCAACUUCCUGUUUUGCUGGCUGUUGCCUUUCAGAAGGCAUGGGGGGACAUGACAAGCUCUUUCCUUAGCCUGCACCAUGCUAACAUGGCAGAGAAAAAGCUAGAGAUUUAGUUCUCCAUAGCAUUUUUUAUUCAACAGUUUCUAUCCUGACUUUUUGUCCUAACAUUGAGCUGUGCAAAUGCAUAUUAAAAUAGAAAGCAUGCAAGUUCUAAUGUUUUUGACAACGCUAACAUUGUUGGGAAAUUCUGAAGUGUACUUGUUUAAUUCAUUAACGUAGCUUUAUAACCUGACCCAUCUCAAAAAUGUGAGGCAAGUAACAAAAGCAGGCUUCCAGCUGUGAUUUGCUUAACCUUGAGCCCCAAAAGCUCAACAGGUAGGCAUUUCUCUCUUUAGGCUAGGUUCACUACUUAUGAAAUAUUCACUUUGCAGAUGAGAAAACAGGAGGGAUUGCUGGCUCGGUUGCUAUCACUACUGUGGCAUCUUCUUAAAAUAUGAUAUAUGCCACAAGUUGGUUGUUUUGAGUAUGAAUCCAGAGUCAGCUGUGCUGCAUUCCUCUCCAUUUCCUCUUCGAUUGUUUUCGUAUUAUCUGUGUACCAAGGAGUCCUCUAGCAGCAGGAACUUGUGCUUGGAAGCUCUUUUGCCAGUGAUCCAAAAAUCCAUUCUUUGUUGCACAGGCUAGCAAGGCCAUUGGCGGAAGAGCUAUCAAAGCUAGUAGGAGUGUUUCCUACAGAGCUCUGGCUCAUGAUUCUUUUGGAUAGACUUCUUACAAACACAUUGAGGUGCUGAAAAGGAGUUGAGAGCUAACACUAUUUGCACUUAGAAAAUCUCCCUUGCUUGUUUGCCUAAAAGUCAUUAUUUUCCUCAUCACGGGUGAUCAGGUGAAUGGUUGUUGCAACUGGUUCCCCACCUCUGUAGGGAGAUUGGAAUAUGAGUAUCUAUGCUGAAUGAUAAUAAUAAUGCUGUUUCCAUAUGCUCAAUAAUUAAAAACCUGGUGUUCAGACCAAAGCAUUCUCAUUUAAUGUUGAAUGCUUGAAAGUAAGUAAGCUUGGUGAUAAAGCUCCACAUUCGGAAUAUGAAUCCUCCCCCCUUAAUUUGCAUUUUCUAUAAAAAUGUAAUUGGAAUUGAAUAACGCCAUAGAAAUUUUCUAAGCAAAGAAUUAAUUUUCUGAACAUAUUUUCCAGAUACUGUAUAUGAACUGGGAUCCUGUCAGAAUAUAAAUUAAUCUGGGAAUAAUGUUCAUUUUAAGAGCAUUCACUUUUCCCCAAAUGGUGAGGUUUAAUGAUUCUCAUCUAUCAAUAUCUGAAUAAACCUCUCCCUAUAUUUUAUUUAUAUUGCAUGUUACUAAUUGAGAUAUAUUUUGGCAUAGACAUACCUAAAGAUCUGAUAAGAUUUGGUACAAAUACAAAAUUGAUUUGGGUAAGCAAAUUUUCACCUAUAGGCAUCAAUUCCGAUUUGGACCAGUUAAUAGAGUAUCUUGAUAUUUUACUAAAGGCAUCUAUCAUUUGCAUCAACAGAGGAAUAGUAGUAUGAGGUUUAGAAAUAAACAAAAGAAUUAAAUACCGGAAGCUAACAAUUGGUGUUAAUUUUCUGAAGUGGGCAACUUUGGAAUAUACAUACAUAGCAUCUUUGGUUGGGUGGAUAGUAUUAGGAUCAAAAUACAUUAGAACUCUGGUAUCUCUUGAAACAAUUAUGUCUGAGAGCUGUAGAAUGCAAUGUCUUAAAAAAUAGGAUUUGACCCCUUUAAAAAUUGGGGGAAAGAUGGUGAUGUGGAAAAAUUUGAUGGAAGUGGGCAUAUUGACUUUGGAUCAACUGAUAGAUGAUGAAUUUUAACAUACACUGUGUUACAAGAUAAACAGUAGCUAUUGCGUGCAACCCAAUGGCAGUAUUUACAACUACAACAUUUGUUAACUAUGCUACUUUGUUUGGACCAGCAGCAUUUUCAGCUUCUGGGACACCUGAGAUACUAGAAGACUAAAUAUAGACUUUGCAUAAGCAAUUACAGUGGUACCUCGGGUUAAGUACUUAAUUCAUUCUGGAGGUCUGUUCUUAACCUGAAACUGUUCUUAACCUGAAGCACCACUUUAGCUAAUGGGGCCUCCUGCUGCCACCGCUCUGCUGGAGCACGAUUUCUGUUCUCAUCCUGAAGCAAAGUUCUUAACCUGAAGCAUUAUUUCUGGGUUAGCGGAGUCUGUAACCUGAAGCGUAUGUAACCUGAGGUACCACUGUAUAAUGAAAUUUGGAACUCCAUUAUACAAAAUACUGUAGGUUAAAAAUUGUAAUUGUUAACAGUUAUAAUGAUAUACUAUAUCUCUUUUCUUUCUCUUUUCCUCCACUUUUCUUUAAAACCACUUUUUAUAUGUUGUAUUUAAUUUAAAAAUGAAAUAAAACAUUAAAUCUCACAAGUGUGCACCCUAUCUGGGCAGCGCAGAUGACUUUUACGUUCUGCAACUUAUCUGGUGUACUGCAGAUAUUUUAGAAAUGUUCUAAACUAAUGCCCACCCCCUGGCACUCUUCCUUUUAUUAUUACCCUACAGGUAGAAAAUGUCAAGUUACUAGAUCGUUACACCAACAGAAAGCCAGCAAAUGGAACACUGUACCUGACUGCAACACAUUUAAUCUACGUAGAUGCUUCAGCUGAAGUUCGAAAGGAAACAUGGGUAAUGUCAGAAUGCAGUGUAAUUCUCUUGCUGAGCACUGGGAGACAGGUUGGGGGUGUCUUGUGACCUAAAGGGUUGUAUUGAUGUCCAUGUGUCUAUUUAACAAGCCUAAUUUGUUCAUAGCUUUUAAUGUAGUAUGAUGUGUUCAGGAUUUGUCUGGUGAUCAUUUCAUGAGCAUAUGGAUAAAAGCAGCCCUAGUGGUCCAGCACCAUCAGCAGUCUCUUCAAUGUGUAUUGGAAGCCAGAAGCGAUCUGUGAAGGCAAUAGCACAGCUUGUUGUUCAGCAACUAGUAUUCAGGAGCAUACUUCCUCUGAUACUGUUUCUAUAGUGUUGUUGGUGAUGUUUUUAACAUGAUAUUAAGCCCAUAGCAAUUGUUAGAGAUAAACAUCAAUUGACUGAGGACUAAGUUUGCAUCUAUAAAAUUUAAGCAACAUUUGCUCAACUUUGCAUUACCAAAAUGGUAUCUCCAUACUGCAACAAGUACACACCCACCUACCCCAAUUAAUAGUUUCCUUUUCAUAUUUUUUCUCGCACUAUGUUAAUCUUAUUUCAUGAAAAGGAAAAUCUUAAAGCAGGCUAGCAAAUAACUCAUACAACAUUUUUAGUCUACAAUUCCCCCAUCUGGCCCACAGUUUUCCUGCCCACACAUCCCUAUCUUAGUCAUUUGUGCCUUCAAAGUAAAAGAGAAUCUACUCCUAUAAAGCACCCCUGCCUGGAGACACUUGCCCCAGGAAAGUAGCUGUUUAUGAGCCUGAUUCAAAGUAUCUGUACCAGCUGAGAUUUAAUUCAUGCUUAUGAAAUUAAUCAUCUUAGUAAACAAUAGUGUUCCUGUGGUGUAUGAUGGCCUAACUGAGAGAUUUAACUUUCUAGAAGUCAAAUUACAUCUUUCAUGACAAGUUGUAGUUCUCAGUCAUAAAUACUGACUGUUUGGUUUUUCUAAAAUGUAAAUAGUCUCUAGUUUCAGUUAGAAUUCAGUCAGAAUGGCUUUUUAAGCUGCAGUCAGUAUUGACCCUGUAAGCUUUCUUCCUCUUUUUUUUUUUUACAGAUUCUCCACCACCAUAUUGCUACUGUGGAGAAACUGCCUCUGACCGCAUCUGGCUGUCCACUGCUUAUUCACUGCAAGAAUUUCCGUGUUGCUCACUUUAUUAUUGGUCAUGAGCGGGACUGUCAUGAAGUCUACACUUCCCUGCUGAAACUUUCUCAACCAGGUACUUGGAAAGUGCAGUUUGCUUCCGUAUGGAGGAAGGAACUUAGCUUAGUGAUACAAUACUUGCAUUGCAUGACAGAGAUUCCAGGUUCAAUCUCUGGCAUCUCCAGGUAUGCAAAAAAUGACACCCGUCUAUCUGGAUUUCCACUGCCAGCCAAGGCAGACAGUACUGAGUGGAUACACCAAUGGUCUGAUUCCUAUAUUUCAUACCCUGGCAAUGCAAGUGCUUGUUGAUGAUGAGCUUUGGUUAUUGAACUUUGAGCUCUUGUUAAACCAGACAGGAAGAAAGGAAAGCAUCAAUAGCUCAAGCUGUUUCCAUCUCUGUUAAAAGAGUGGAAAUACUUUGCAUUUUCUCCUCUCAGGAUGUUGGUAAUAAUUAAAACAUUAAUUUUGUUUUGGUGUUUGUAUAGGUUAAAAUAGUCUUUAAAGUUUUUUUAAAAAUCUUUUGGCCCUCUAAAGUAGGAACCUGAGGCCCUCCAGAAGUUUUUGGACUUUAACUCCCAUCAGUCCCUGCCAGUCAAGAAUGAUAGGAACUGUAGCCAUGCAGCAUCUGGAGGGCUGCAGGUUCCUGAUUGCUACUCAAGAGUAUUUGUAUUCUGCUUAAAAGAUUUCUGCAGUGAUUUGAUGUUGGUGGGUGGUAAUUAAAUUUGUUAGUUGCUUGUCGCACAAAGAAGCUUUCCAAGUGACUUACAAUGUAUUUAAGAGCAUAAGCUCACAUGAAAAUAAAACACAUGAAAUCCAUAAUAAGCCACAAAGCAACCCUCAAAAGUAGUUAUUGUUGAGAGGGAAAGGUGCCUGGAUUGUGUGGUGAUCAAUUACAUUAUCAGUUUCAUUUUAGAAUCAUAUUUUUAAGAGCAAAAAAGAGAACACAUUUGCUGACUUCUACUUUUAAGUAUGGAUUGCUAUAACGACACUCGUUUUACAUACCCAUGGAAAGGAGGAUGUGUCCUCGGAAAAGAGGACAUAUGGCAACCCUACUCUAGUCACUAAAACUGGAAAAAAUAGAUACUGUUUCAGCGUUUAUAGGACCUAUAUGAUAACAGAAAAAAAAUUAUCUGCACUUAAUACCUUAUUGCAUGUAAUAAGGGGCCAUGGAUGAGCUGGCUUCCUCACCUUCGAAGACAGAGCAAUUUGAGUGGGAUCUGGAAGAAAUCCUACAGGCUGUAUUGGGGACCCUGCAUAGGCCUGAUGAAGCUCCUUGGGUCAGUAUUUGACACUGCUGAGAUUAGAAUACCUUUCACGUGCAGCAUUCCUCAACCUAGUGUCCUCCAGGUGACUUAGACUACAUCUCCCAUCAGUUCCAUCUAGAACAGGGCUGAUGGGAAUUGAUGGGAAUCGAAAUCACGUGGAGAGUACCAGAUUGGGGGGUGGGCUGCACUAGAGAGUCCUGCCAGCAGCUUCCAUUUUCUCUCUAAUUUUGGGCAUCAUGGUCUUUAUUUCUUUUGUGCUUGAAUACCCAUAGUUUUGUUGUGGUUCAGUACCUCCACAGAAUCCCGCACUGUCUUUCCUCAGCAGAGCACAAAUAAUUACUCAUUAUUCACUAGUGGGUGACUGACAGUUGAAGAUUACCUGUUUGGCAAACUGGCUAUUUUAUCAGAUGCUGGCAGAGACCAAUCUGUCUCUGGAGAAUCUGCUUACUUGAGAGUCAACAGGAUAAGUUAUCGAUUGGAUUUGCAUUUUGCAACGGAAAGGAAGGAGGCCUGGAAAGGCAGGGAGUGAAAAGGCAGGGAGUGAGUUAUUGUUGAUCUGUUUGAAUUUCAAAGCUGUCACUGAGUUUGACAAUGAUGUUUCAGAGAGCUACCAUGUUUUCCCAGCAAACCCAAGAGCAUCAUUUUGCUGUAACAGUUCUAGGCAGAUGAGGUUAUCAGGUUCAGAUGAUAAGCAAACAUAUUUAUUUAUUUCAGUUUCUUUAUGAAUUGCUUCCUGUGAAGCAUCUCAUUGUAAUUUAACAGUAAUAACUGAAAAAGGAAGGUCUUUAGUAGGGACCAAUGGAGACAGCAUCUGUCUGAUAAGUAAUGGGUGGGAGUUCCAAAGGGUAGAUGCUGCCACAUUAAAGUCCCACUUCCUACCUUAUAUGCAGCAGACCUGCUGAGAUGGUAUCUGCAGAAUGCCUUCUCCUGCAGAGGAUAUAAGGGAUAUAAGAGAUGAGAUCCUGUUUUAGGAAUCAACUCCCAAGCUGUAUAAAGUUUUGUGUAACAGUACCAGUCCCUUGGAACUUGGCUCAGUAGUUAAUGGGCAGCCAGUGAAAUUUUAUACAUUUAUUUACUGAAUUUAUAUACUGCCUUUUCCUGGAAGUCUUAGGGUGGUUUGCAGAACAAAAUCAAAAUAUAAACCACAAAAUGUGUAAUCAAAAUAACAACAACCCAAUAGGCCACCCCCCAAAAAACACAUUUUAAAAGGGCAUAGGAUGUCAGUCAAAUCAAUCAAAGGCCUGGUUAAAAAGGAAUGUUUUUGCCUGGUGCCUAAAGGUGUAUAAUGAAGGCGCCAGGUGAACUUCCCUGAGGAGAGCAUUACACAGACAGGGAGCCACUGCAGAGAAGGCCCGUUUUCGUGUUGCCACCCUCCAGACCUUGAGGAGGAGGCACACAAAGGGCUUCAGAAGAUUAUCUGGGUAGGUUCAUAUGGAAUGAGGCAGGCCUUGUGGUAUUGCGGUCCUGAGCCGUUUAAGGCUUUAUAGGUCAAAACCAGCACUUUGAAUUGGACCCGUAAACUAAUUGAUAGCUGGUGCAGUCAGACCAGUAUCGGUGUAAUAUGCUCAAACUGUCUUGCUCCAGUGAGUAACCUGGCCACUGAAUUCUGCACUAGUUGAAGUUUCCAAACUCUUUAGAGGCAGUCCUACAUAUAAUGCCGUGCAGUGAUCUAACCUUGAGGUUACCAGAGCAUAGACAACAGUAGUUUGGCUAUCCCUGUCCAGAUAGGGGUAUAGCUGGACCACUGAUGGUACUCCGGUCCAUUGAGACCACCUGAGCCUCAAGCAACAGCAAAGGAUCCAGUAGUAUCCCCAAGCUAUGAACCUGCUCCUUCACAGGCAGUGUAACCCCAUCAAGAGCAGGCGACCUCCCACCCAUCUGGUCUAGGGAACCACCCUCUAACAGUGCCUCAAUCUUAUCUGGAUUGAGUCUCAGUUUGUUGGAUCUCAUCCAGUCCAUUACCAAGGCAAGACACUGGUCCAGCACUUCCACUGCAUCACCUGCAGUUGUAAAGGAGAAAUAGAGCUGAGUGUCAUCUGCAUACUUCUGACAGCGUACUCCAAACCUCCAGAUAACCCCAUCCAGCAGUUUCAUGUAGAAGUUUAACAACAUGGGGGAUGUGAUUGAGCCCUGUGGAACCCUACACUGAAGAUUCCACAGGGCUGAAAAGUAUUCCCCAAGCAACACCCUCUGGUAAUGACCAUCCAAGUAGGACUGGACCACCACAAAGCAGUGCCACCCACUACUAGUUCAGACAGUCACUCCAGAAGGAUACUAUGGUUGAUGGUAUUGCGAGGUCGAGAAGAAUUAACAAGGACAUGUUUCUCUUGUCUCACUCUCGACAGAGGUCAUCAUACAGGGUAACCAAAGCAGUUUCUGUGCCAAAACUGGGCCUAAACCCUGAUUGAAAUGGAUUCAGAAAAUCAAUUUCUUCCAAAAGUGCUUGAAUCUGGUCUGCAACCACUUAUUCCAGAACCUUGCUCAGAAAAGGGAAAUUAGCAACUGGCCGGUAGUUAGUUAGGUUUUCUGAAUCCAGGAAAGGUUUCUUAAGGAGUGGUUUUACCACUGCCUCCUUCAAACAGGCAGGGACCACCCCUUCUCGUAAGGAUGCAUUCAUCACCUCUCUGGUCCAGCCAGCUGUUCCCUCCCUGCUGGUUUUUAUCAGCCAAGAGGGGCAAAGGUCUAGAGCACAAGUGGUUGCCCUGACUGAUCCUAGCACCUUGUCCACGUCCUCAAGCCUUACCAACUGAAACUUUUCCAACACAACAGGACUAGACUGUGCUCUAGACACCCCAUGAGAGCCAUUUGCUAUAACAGCAGAGUCAAGGUCUUGGUGGAUGCAAGCAAUUUUAUCCUCAAAAUGCUUUGCAAACAAGGCAUAGUGAGCUACUGUUGGUUCUAUCACCUCCUUUGGGCCAGCCUAUAAAAGGCCCUAUACAACCCGGAAAAGCUCUGCCAGAUGACAUAAUAAGGAUGCAAUGGAGUCAGCAAAGUAUGCCUUCUUUUCUGCCUUCACUGCCACUAGGUAGGCUCAAUAAUGAGCCCUUACCAGUGUUUGAUUGCAUUCAUUUGGAUCUUUCCUCCACUUGCGUUCAAUUUUUUAAAGCAGUGGUGCAAUAAGAUGGUGAUAUGUUUGCACAGUGAACAGCCAAGCUGCUGCAUUUUGCAUUAACUAGAUAGUUUCAGGCACCCACAUGAUCAACUUUGCACCUACACACAAGCAGCAAAACCCAGGUGUUCCAAUUAGUGCUAGAAACACCACAGAAUGACAGCUUGUUUUUCUGAUUUCCAAGGGAGAGCAGCCAUUGCUGCCUGUUUCAUUAGUCUUUGGUGCAACAUGAGCCUAAUCUAAUUAAUUCUGCAUAUUGCUUCCCAAAAACGUAAGAAUAACAUGUUGGAUCAAGCCAAUGGUUUUCUAGUCCAGCAUCCUGUGUCAUAGUGGCCAAGCAGAUGCCUUUGGGAAGCCCACAAGCUGGAUGUGUUCUCCCUGGUUCUUUUUUUUCUUAUUUAACAUCCAGCAAAAGUUUGCUUAUUCCCCUUUUCCUUCUUUUGUUUUUUGGAGACUUCUUUGGUUGGUCCUAAUCAGCAAGGUUACAUGUUUUCACAUUCUACACUAAGAUUGGAGUUAGGCUGAGAAUAUGAUCCCUGUGGGCUGAAACCUUGGAUUUGUUUUGGCUCUUUACUUGCUGAAUGCAAGCACAAAACCAAAACAAGCCUCUUCCCAGAGAAAAGAGCAAGGUAUUCCCACCCCCCCGACCUUGUACUAUGUAAGAGGGAGCAGAAAUCUUGAUAAUGUCAAAUGUUUGCCUCACCAGAAGGGUCAGCAAAGCUUUCUUAACCUCUGAUGAUAAAAGUACUAUAAAUGCUUUUAUGUUUGACUUCAUCUCCAAAGGACCAAUGUGGCUACCUACAGGUUUUGGUCAUAUACCGUAUUUUUAGCCCUACAGGACGCACUUUUCCCCCUCCAAAAAUGAAGUCCCGCUCGGCUCCCGAUGGCUGCGCAGAGCUGCCUGCAGUCCCGGGCUCAGCGCAGCUCUGUGCGGCCAUCGGGAGCGGGGUGCGAAGUCCCGCCCGGCUCCCGAUCCGAUGGCUGCGCAGAGCUGCCUGCAGUCCCGGGCUCAGCGCACUUCUCCCCAUCGCCAGCCCCACAAGCUCGGGGGACAGCGGGGAGGCGUAGCGCACCUUCCCGCUGUUCCCCGACCUGGUUCUUCCAGCCCCGCACCUGGGGGGGAAAUUUUUUUUCUUCUUUAUUUCCCCCCCAAAAAACUAGGUGCAUCCUAUGGGCCGGUGCGUCCUAUGGGGUGCAAAAUACGGUAUGUACAAAGGCAUCUUUUGGGGUUAUUGCACAUCCAUAGAAUCAUAGAAUUGUAGAUUUGGAAGGGAACCUGAGGGUCAUCUAGUGCAACUCCCUCAAUGCUGGAAUCUCAGCUAAAGCAUGCAUGACAGAUCCAACCUCUGCUUAAAAACCUUCUAUGAAGGAGAGGGCACAGCCUUCCAAGGGAGUCCAUUCCACUGUUGACUAGCUCUUACCAUCAGAAAGUUAUUCCUAUUGUUUAGCUGAAAUCUCUUUCUUAUAACUUAAGUCCAGUAUUCACAUCCUAGCCUCUGGAGCAGGAUAAAACAAGCUUGCUUCAUUUUCCAUGUGACAGCCUUUUAGACAGUUGACAGUGGCUAUCAUAUCUCCUCUCCAUCACCUCUUCUACAUGAUAAACAUACCCAGCUUCCUCAACCGUUCCUUAUAAGAUUUGGUUUCCAGGCCCUUGAUCAUCUUGGUUGCCUCCUCUGCUCACAUUCAGCUUGUCAUCCUUCUUAAAUAGUGGCACCCUGAACUGGUCACAGUAUUCCAGAUGUGGUCUGACCAAGGCAGAAUAGAGUGGUACUAUUUUUUGAUACUUUAUUGCGGUCAUUGACCGUAAUAAAAGGACUUGACUUGACGACUUGAGUGGUACUGUCACUGCUCUUGAGCUGAACAAGAGACUUCUGUUGAUGCAGCGUAGAAUAGUGUUAAUUUUUUUGCUGCUGCAUCACGCUGUUGUAUCAUUUUAAAUUUGUAGUCUACGAAGACCCCUAGAUCCUAUCUGUGUACAAUCCAGAUGUCCCCCAUCUUCUUUUUGUGCAGCUGGUUAUUCCUGCUUAAGUGUAGAAUUUAGGGUUUAGCUUUUUCUAUUUUAUCUGUGUUUUUGUAUUUUCAUCUAUAAGCCACCUCAAUUCCCAGACUGGGGGGAAAUUGGAUGAUGAUGGUGAUGGUGAUGGUAAUUAAUAAUAAUAAUAGUGGUAUUCUAAAAUAUAUCCAUGGGUCUUUCACAAUAAAAACUUAUAAACUUAUAACCUCACAGAGCACCAAAAUUCUUUUUAACAACUGUAAACAAUAAAAGUAUCAGUAGUUUUGUUUUGUUUUGAGAAGGAGCCUAAACGCCUGGGCAAAUAGAAAUAUUCUUUCUUGGCACCUAAAAACCAUGUACCUCCCAUUCAAUCUGUUGCAGAAGCUUCAUGAAAGUUUGUUCUUUCUUUUAACAGUGGAAUGGACAAUCAUAUGUAUAUGUAGAUGAAUAGGAGGGAACAUUGGUAAAUGUCGUGUGAAUUAGUAAUUUAAGGGCUUUUUUUCCCAAGGCAGGGGGAGGCUGUUAAAACAAAAUCUGAAAUUGGAACAAAACUGAACACAAAGGAAACCUCUCGAUGAGGAUAGAGGAGAAAUUUGUUCUGUUUUACUGCUACAGCUCAAACAUCAGCUGGAUAGCUCAAUUGGUUAGAGUGUGGUGCUGAUUAUACCAAGGUUGCAGGUUUGAUUCCCAUAUUGGACAGCUGCAUAUUCCUGCAUUGCAGGGGAUUAGACUAGAUGAUCCUCAGGGUCCCUUCCAACCCGACAGUUCUGUGAUUCUAUUUUACCUAAUUCACACCUUCUAAACCAAAACACAGUUAUCCUUUUAAAUUCACACUUCUCUGAAUUGUGAUGCGGUUUUUUGUAAUGCAGUUUUCCCACAAAAAAUGUGUAUAUAAAAAAAGCAUAUGUUAGAGGAACGUGUGUGCAAAAAUAUGUAUAAUAGUGAAUGAACUGUCCCCGCCCAGACCCCAUAGAAGAGAAUUAUAUUAGGGGAAUUGCCAAAAAAAUGAGUACAGAUUUUGUGCUGACUUGAAAAGAAAAGCGUAUGUCGUUUUAAAAAGGCACAUUUCUUUAUCUAUUUUUAAAAAAGCAUAAAUAAAGCACGCUGAGCCUAAAACUGGAAAAACAAGUAACCAAGCAGAGCACAUUUGCAGAGGAAUCCAUCCCUACUCCUGAUUCCACUUGUGUGUGUGUAUGUGUACCUGUGAUUUAUGAAGGAUUCUGGCUUACACAAUCACUUAACUUUUUCCUCUUUCAAAAUUGUUUUUGUGCUCUAGUGAAACCAGAAGAGCUUUAUGCAUUCUCUUACAAUCCCAAAAUGCCCAAAGAGAACCGGGAGAUGGGCUGGAAGCUGAUAGAUGUCAAAGUAGACUACCAGCGCAUGGGGAUUCCAAAUGACUAUUGGGAAAUAACCGAUUUUAACAAAGACUAUGAGGUAAUUCCUGUUCAGACAGCAGCUUAAUGCAGUGUUUCAUUCCAAUGGCUCGUUACAUUUUUCAUUUUAAUUUUAUUCAUGUAUUUUUUAUUUUACUUGUGAGCUGCUUCAAAAGAUGAAUAUCCUUAAAGGCAGGAUAUAAAUAAGCAGAAGAAUACCAACUAUUUUCCAGUGGCAAAUAUGCCUUUUUCUGGGCAAAGUGCUUGAGAAGGUGUUGGCAGUCCAACUUCAGGCAUGCUCAAAGGAAGCUGAUUGCUUGGAUCCAAUCCCUUCCAGCUUCAGACCUGGUCGUGGCACUGAAACAGCUUUUGUCAUCCUAGUUGAUAACAUUUAUCAGGAGAGAGAUGUGGAGACUGUGCCCCUGCUCCUACUCCUUGAGCAGUUUUUGAUACUGUUGACCAUAGUAUCCUUUUGAGGCAGCUCAGGGAGGUAAGGGUUGGGGGCACUGUAUUUCAAUAACUCUGCUCCUACCUCCAGGUCCAUUUCCAGAAAGCAGGCUACUGUUCAGCACCAUGGAAGUUGUCCUCUGGUAUCCUGCAGGAUUCCAUCUUAUCCCCCAUGCUCUGGUGACUGGGAGUGGCUGCCGAGACCAUAUAACACCAGUCCUGAAAGACCUACAUUGGCUCCCAGUACGUUUCCGAACACAAUUCAAAGUGUUGGUGCUGACCUUUAAAGCGCUAAAUGGCCUUGGCCCAGUAUAACUGAAGGAGCAUCUCCAUCCCCAUUGUUCAUCUCAUACACUGAGGUCCAGCGCUGAGGCCCUUCUGGCGGUUCCCUCACUGCGAGAAGUGAGGUUACAGAGAACCAGGCAGAGGGCCUUCUCGGUAGUGGUGUGCGUCCUGUGGAAUGCCCUCCCAUCAGAUGUCAAGGAAAUAAACAACUAUCUGACUAUUAGAAUAUAUCUGAAGGCAGCCCUGUUUAGGGAAGUUUUUAAUGUUUGAAGUUUUAUUCUGUUUUUAGUCCUCUGUUGGGAGCCGCCCAGAAUGGCUGGGGAAACCUAGCCAGAUGGGCGUGGUAUAAAUAAUAAAAUUGUUGUUGUUAUUUAACAUCUAUUUGAAUUUUCUGGGAGCUGUUGUCAUGAGAUUUGGAGUGACACGUCAUCAAUAUGCAGAUGACACCAAGCUUUAGCUCUUUGUUCCCUUUGAAUCAGGAGAGGCGGGUGAGGUGUUAGACCAGUGCUUGGAGGCAGUGAUGGAAUGGAUGUGAGCCAAUAGAAUGAAGCUGAAUGCUGAAAGUACAGAGGUGGAACCUUUGAUUUCUGGGGGCAGCAGACAAAGAAUCUCAAAAAAGAAAACCAACCCUAAAACCCCUUCUAUUUUCCCUUUACUCUUAACUUGGUUAAGUAUGUCUUAAGUGAUUUGGACAUCCCAUGGAUGGGGCUCUGGAAGGCUGGAAAGCCAUUUGGAAAAGGCCCAUAAUUUUAUAAAAUAAGGUUGGAUAUGUUAAGGAAGGAUAAAACUGAACUAAUUAUGCAUCACUUGUUUUGGGAUACAAGCUUUUGUAUUGCUACAUUGCAAUAAGGUGUAUUAAGGAGAUAAUAAUCUAUGAGAAACAGUACAAGGUCAGGGAGAAAACUUGCUCUUCUCUCUAGCCUUGCAUUCUAUAAAAGACUGUUGAAACAAACCACACAUAAAAGGGUCCUGUAACACAUCUCCUGAAAACAGUUACUGUUGGGUUUGGUGAGCUUUCCCUGGGGAAUUGAAACUACAACUGAAAAGGUCUGACUUGUUAAACAAACUGACCUUACAUGUCCAGGACACUUGCAGAAAGAUCACUUGUAGAAGACACUCGUCUAGAUCAUAAUGAACAGUAAUGUUGUGCAUUCUGUCAGUCAGAGCAAUUCAGAAUGAGUGUUUGGUGCUUGCUUGUAGCAAUAGUAUCUUACUCCUGCUGAUUCUGAACAAAUACUGCUAAACACCUUAACACAUUUGCAGCUGACUUAGCUUUAAUAUCAAUGUUGAGUUGUUAGAGCCAGCAGCUGCUAAUUGCAAACCUGUAAUAAAUGCCUCAACGAGUUAAUAAUUUAAGAUUCCAGUCCUCUCUCCAUUUCAUUUCUUUUUGUAUCUUAGGUUUGCAGCACAUACUCUCCAGAUCUAGUGGUGCCUAAAGCAGCUACUAGGGCAACGGUGCUGGGGAGCUCAAAGUUUCGAAGCCGGGGUCGGAUACCAGCACUUUCCUACUUCUACAAAGAGAAUAAUGUUAGUAACACAUGCUUUGCUUUUCAUGGGGUUUUGGUCUUCCUCCAUAGUCAAUCCCGUCGUCUUCCUCAGGACUCAACCUGAUUGUGCUGUAUGUGUAGACUAGGGGUGGGGAACCAAUGGCUCUCCAGACAUUACUGGACAACAGGUCCCAUCUUCCUUGAUCAGUAUCAAUAUUUGGAGCUGAAGUCCAACAACAUGCAGAGGACCACAGGUUCCCCACCGCUAGGAUAGAUCAAGCCUUGUGCAAUGCUUAUUGAUGCAGAGGGCAGUCUUGUCUUCUUGUACUGAAAUUGCUACCUUGAAACUAUUUUAGCUUUACAUUUUAAACACAUGUAAAUAUUGCUCAUGUCUUCUCUCUUCCUCUACCAUACCAUAUGACUUCUUGGCAACAUUUUACAGAAGUGGCUGGGCAAAAUAAUUUUGGCCAUGAUUUGUCGCUUUACGACAUAGCAUGGCCAAAAUUAUUUUGCCCAGUUUUGGGGGGCCCAUCCUAAAUUGGCUAGAUGUUCUUUUUCAGAAUUUCAUUUAGAGAAGAGAUGAGGAAAAGCAGCUUCUUAAAAUUAAAUAUUAUUACAGUUUUAAACUGGACUCCUAAAAUCAGGAGCCCGGAAUUCUGAUUUUCCAGCUGGGUUUCAUCCACAAUUUGUGGAGGGGAUGUGGAGGUGAAAUGAGUAAAGUUAGAUGGUUCAGCAACUACUGGCUCCUGAUGACUAUUAGCUCUUGGCUGGCUGAGGCAUGUACAGCAAUUUUUUGGUGUCUCCUUUUCCACACACACCCCACAUUGUCCUAGGGAGACAAUGCAGGAAUGAUGGGGAGAACCAGCUCCUGGCUAUACGCACCUCAGCCUGCAAGUGUUGGUGAAGUCUUCAGUGCACACAGAUGCUUUGGCUCUGGCCUUGUGGUGACUCAGUGGGGGCCUUGCCAGAAUCUCUUUAUGGGAAACCCCAUGGACAGCAGUAAGCUUCUCCUCUUGGUCUCACCUGAAACUCUCUUGCCCAGUUCCAUUUUGCACAGAACUUGGUGGCAACACUUCAUUCAGAUCAAUUCAGAAGAGCAUUUAUCUUCUUGAAAACUACAGAUCUGGUUAUGUUGGGCAAUGUUCAGCUAAUUAUAUUUCAACUCUGCUAAUCUCAGCUUUUUGAAACAGGAAAUAGCUUGCAACAGAGAACCCUCUUUUAUUCAUUGUUGGCCUGAUUUAAAUGGCACUGGUUCUCAUUGUGGAAUAAAAUGCUGAGCAUUUAGCUUUUAACUUUGCUGUCCUUGCAGUGCCCUAGGUUCAAGUAUGGACAGAAUUAUUUUGUUACUGCAUUUGGGGGGGAACUUCCCUUGGUUGGUGGUAUAUGCGUUUUCAUGCCAGUAUUCUGGUUACUCAGCAUUGUCACUGGUUUGGGAGAAGAAUGAUGAUCAAAAGUAAAUGGAUAUGAGGGUGAUGAUCUCAUUUUACAAAAGGCACUGUCUCAUCCAAAAGGAGGUAUUCUUGGAAUUAAAGCUGUUUCUCCUAACCCUCCUAAGCAUUGGCAGGCCAGAUAAACUUCAAACAGCUGUUAAAAGAUAAGUUGGUUUCCCUCCCUACAGUUGUGUCACUUCUGUAUACUCUCAUAAAAGUUUCUCUCAUAAUAUUUAUGCAUGUUGGUAGACCAAGGCAAUUGCUUAAUACACUGCUGCUUCUAUCUGCAAGUGGUGGGUGGAGAAAAGCAGGUGCCUUACAAUUCUGUGCUGGAGAACUUCUUACCUGCUACACGUGACAUACUCUUGUGUCUUUCAGGCUGCAAUAUGCCGUUGUAGUCAGCCCUUGUCUGGAUUAAGUGCUCGUUGCCCAGAGGAUGAACAGCUGCUGCAAGCACUUAGGGAAGCCAAUCCAGGAAGUCCCUUCAUGUAUGUUGUAGACACAAGGCCAAAGGUAUCACUUCAUGGGAUCUGUGGGCACUUGUGUGGUCAACAACUCUGACUUUGACAUUGCCUAUACACAGUGUGGCCAUAAAGGGAUUCUGCUAGGGAGGAGAAUCAUGACAUCCUUUUCCUAGUUUCAUGGGUGGGCCUUACAUAGUCCUUGGACUGCUUCAUGUGGACCUUGGGCUAACUUCUUGCAGGUGGUAAGAAGGAGGGAAAGGGGAGGAAAGAGGUUGGCAAAAAGAUAGAGAAGAGUGUGACCUGCUCACAUUUUGUUCUUCCCAGCCCACCACUGCAUGUACCUCCCACAACAGAUUAUCCGCAAGGGAAUGUGGCCGUCAGCAGAAAAAGCGUUACCAGCUCUUGACACUACUGAUGCUUCUCACACAUGCACAAAAGGAUCUGCCAGUCACUUCAUAUUUGCUACUCAGUUAGUAUGCCUUUUAAAUCAGCCUUCUGCAACUUGAUGCUCUCCAGAUGUUUUGGGUAGAAACUCCCAUUAACCCUAGCCUGCACAAUGGGAGUUAUGGUCCAAAGCAUAUGGAAGGCACCAGGUCAGGGAAGGCAGAUUUAUCUCUUCUUAACUGGCAGCUACUUGCAGCAUGUGGCAAAAAAUACUGUCAGUGAUGCAUCAUUUAAUACUUAGCAUCCCUAGGGGAAAGAGGAGAACAUUAUGGUAGGAUUGUAGCCUUGCAGUUCUGAUAAUGUUCUAGUUUCUGUCUUAGAAAUUUUUGUGAGACACCACACUGUAUAUAGGAAGAAUUCCACUUUUUAAGUUACUUUUUCAAAUAAUGCUAAAGAGGGCCAGUGGGUGUGUAUGUAUCAGAAAGGGCUGUGCAUAAUCAUUUUUUGCUACCCAAUUUUUCCAGCUGAAUGCCAUGGCCAACCGAGCUGCUGGAAAGGGUUAUGAGAAUGUUGAUAACUACGACAACAUUCGUUUUAAAUUCAUUGGUAUCGAAAACAUCCAUGUUAUGAGGAGCAGCCUGCAGAAGCUACUGGAAGGUGUGUUUGGUUUUUUUAUUUUGGCUGGCCACUUGCGAUGAUCACCUGUUGAGCUACGUUGCUGUAAGACAGGCAAUUAUUGUAGACACAGGAGCCUGUGUACUCUGCAGGUGUGGGACAGGCAAGAGAUUAGGAGAGUAAAUAACCUGGCAGCUCUCCCGGCUUGCUGAAGUGGCUUGCUAGUGUUACAGCUUGCUCUAAAAAGCAACAUUUAGAGAGAUGAAAGCUGGUGGGGGAUAAACACCUGCAUUUUAAUUUUAAAGCACAUUGAGAAAGGAGGGUUUGAACUAUUUGAGCUGCAGAGUUCAGAGUCCUCCUUGUGAAAUCAGAAGUGACCAACUUCUUUAUAUGGAGGAGGAGGGUCGAAUCAUUCCUGGCCAAGCUGUUUGGAGGCAGGAUUCUCCCCAGUCAUGAUAUCACCAAGGAAAAUCUGAUCCUGCAGGGUGAAUAAGCUGGCUUUCUGUCACUUCUCACAAGCUGCCAGCUGAAUCAGAAUGGUACCUGAUGGCACUUUGUUGCACACAAGUUUGUGUUUCCACUUUGGAGGGUACCUUGUGAGGUGACUGGAUGCCCCAAAGGCUUUUCACCUUUGGUACAUAGCAGUGAUGGAGUGCCUCUUUCCAUUCCAGCCUGCCCAAGCAUUAAGGUUUUCAUAUCCGUGAGUUCCAUCUCUUGGAGAGAUGCAUUAUGCAUCUGCAAAGGAUAGGGCCUUCUUGGUGGUUUUGCCCUGGAUUUGGCAUACCCUCCCUCAGAAGGGAUGAAUGGUGUGUACUCCUUUUGCCACCUCGUUUUGGAUUAAUAUUCCUCAGAUUUUAUUAACAUCUCAUUUUUAUUGUUUCAAUAUUGUAUUGAUAUUUAGAAUUUUUAUGCACACUGCCCUGGAAUCCAUGCUUGAAUGAAGUUUAGGAAUCUGCAAAAUAUUUUUUUUUUAAGCGAAGCACAUAACCUGAUAAUAUUAAUAAUAGUAAUUAUUAUUUUAUUUAUAUACCACCCAGCUGACUGGGUUGCCCCAGCCACUUGUGAGUGGCUCCCAAGAGAUUAUUAAAAACACAAUUUUUGCUUCUCAGUUAACAUGCCUUUUAAAUCAGCCUUUUGCAAGGUGCAUGGCUGAAAGACUCCCUAGUUUCUGACUACAUGAAGGAGGAAUUUAUAUUGGGUAGCAAUUUCUGAGUGGCCUUCACACAAACAAUUUCUCAAUGCUUGGAAGAAACUUCCAUAAUGAUAGAGACAGUUGUAUGUUUAUCAUACCUUCCGCUUUUGUUCCUUUAGUGUGUGAAACGAAAUCUCCUUCAAUGAGUGAUUUCCUUACUGGCUUAGAGAACUCUGGCUGGUUACGGCACAUUAAAGCUGUAAUGGAUGCUGGUGUCUUUCUUGCUAAGGUAAGGCCCACCUCUGAAUUUCCAAAGAUAUAUGUCAUCAGAGAAAUGGGAGAGCAGGAGUGAAAGCUUUAUUGCUUGGGCUGUGCUUGGGCGAGGCAGAUCUUGAAUGAACACUAGGAAAAGUAGGUCUUCUGUGUUAAACCUGUCAUAGUUCCAUGACUUUUACAUGGAAUUGGCACUUCAGUGUGCUCAAGAGGAGGCAGUUCCACUAUUCAGCUUGGUUAGGAAGUUGUUCAGUGUUGGGGCACUCUUAAGGGCAGCAGGAAAAACUAACAGAUCGUUAAAGUCCUUGAUGGCAAGAACCAUAGAGGGGAAAUCAUAGGUUUGUUUUUUCAUAUCCAGGCUAUUAAAAACAAAUGGAGGGCCACCUACUUAAAUGGGGGGUGUUGGAGGGGGUCAUGUGUUCUGUAGGCCAGGAAUGGGAAAUGUGGUGCCCUCCAGAUGUUGCUGAACUCCCAGCUCACAUCAGCACCAGCCAGCAUGGCCCACAGUCAGGGAUGAUGGCAGUUGUAGUCCAGUACCACCUGAAGGAUCACAGGUUCCCCAUCUGUCCUCUAGGCUCCACCUGCUUCAUAGUUCAUUGUUUGGCCUUCUCUCCAUAUUGGUAUCAUGUAAUCCAGCAUUUUAUUUAAAGCAGCAGUCAAAAUGUUUUGCUGUGAAAUGUUCAGGAGGUUUAUAUGGUAUGUUUUUAUUUGUGUGUGCCAUCUCACCUGUCAUAGGCAGUGAAAGAUGAAGGUGCCACUGUCCUAGUGCACUGCUCUGAUGGCUGGGAUCGCACUGCCCAGGUCUGCUCAGUGGCCAGCCUCCUCUUGGACCCCUUUUAUCGGACCUUUAAGGGAUUUAUGGUAAGAGCAGGAGAAAAUCUGUUUUCACUUUUUUGUUUUUAAACCAUAUGGUCAAUUCAUGUAAAUGGUUAGAAUUGGUCUAUGUGUAAACAAAUCCCAAUUAAAGCAUCUAAUUGCUUCUGUUGAAUGCUUGUGAUUUGGAGAAGUCAUGGUGCAGUUGCACAUGACAAAUCUAAUUAAUUUGAACAGUGGUGGGACUGGGGGAUUCUGAUAUAUCAUAUAUGACAUGCCCCUUGACUUCUUUAUAUACAGUGGUACCUUGGGUUUCAUACGCUUCAGGUUACAGACUCCACUAACCCAGAAAUAUUACCUUGGGUUAAGAACUUUGCUUCAGGAUGAGAACAGAAAUCAUGCCCUGGCAGUGCAGCAGCAGCAGGAGACCCCAUUAGCUAAAGUGGUACCUCAGGUUAAGAACAGUUUCAGGUUAAGAAUGGACCUCCAGAACAAAUUAAGUUUUUAACCCGAGGUACCACUGUAUUUUCAAGCAGUGAUGUAGGAUGGAAUUUUUUUCUGGUGCUUUAUGUCUCUACAGAAUUUUUUCUGUUUCAUAAGUUAACUUCAAAGGUUUUGGCUUUGUUUACUGAAAACAUGUAAAAUAAACAAGCUAAAUUAGAACACUUUCUAGGGCAUCAGAAAAUGUUCUGAUCCAAACUGAAAUCCAGUACAAAUCAUCUUUUGCAAAUUUACCCUAAUUUGCAUAAGACAUUCUUGAACUGUCUUCAGGAGCACUGUGUGAAGGUGAGCAGGCAAGUUAUGGCAUGGGCAGCUGCAGUUCCUGGUACCAGCUAACAGAAUGCUUAUGGGCCAGGCAGUGAUGUGCAGUUGUGCCUACUCUCCUUCUUCCACAGCUAAGCAGAUGGGAGGCAAAGCCAUUCCACUGGGCAGGGCUGCACUUUUACUGCAGUAGUAUGCAUCAAUGUCACUAUUUCAUACUUUGAACUUGCAGGGCAUUUUUCUCUGUGCACAUAUGAACAUAACAUCAGUCUAAUAAGACUUGAAGUAAAGACUAAUGUGAGUUGUGGGGGAGGCUCUCCCUUAUUUCAUACAGCUCAUACAUAUUUUUUAAUUAAAGCCAUCUAUUCUUGCAGUUAAACUUCUGCAUAAAUGUUUGUCUUUAUUCAGUCUGAGGGUAUGUGUGAUAGACCACCAUAAUGAAUUGUUUCUCUCCCUUUCAGUUUUAACGAAGAAUGCUAGCUGAUACUGAGAUUGUUUCAUUUAUUAGCAUUCUUUGAGAACUGAAGUGAAGGGUUGUACUCGGUUGCUUAUUAGCACUCUUUGGGUUUACUCCCCAGUUUUUACAACAAGAUACUUUUUGAAUGCUACAGCUUUAUAAUCCACUGAGGAAAAAGGCUUAAACCCUUCUAGAGGAACUGUGCUGGGGAACUUGUGAUUUCAAAUUCCUGUAAUGUAAGCUGCCUUUUAGGAUUAUAAAGUAAACAAAGUUAGCAACUAUAUGCAUCAACUUAUGUCUGCCUGAUAUCUGCUACUGCUACUCGACAUAGUAAGGAAAGAAUUACUGUGCAAAAUGCUGAAGAAUUACUGUGCAAAAUGCCCUGUAUGUUAAAUCACAACCAGCAUUAUUUUUAAAGCUUCCUUACACUUAUUAGGCAGUUAAAAUGCUAAUUUUGAAAACACACACACAUCACAGUGAAUGCAGGUUUGCAGUCUAAAAAUAAACAGCACAAUGGAUGACAGAAAUAUGACUCAUUCUGGCUUCAGAGAUUUCAUUACAUAUUGGUUAUCAGAUUCAAAUUCAUAUUUGUGUGGCUUUAUUAGAGGGUAGAUUUAUUUUGAACGAAAAGAACGAUAUUAAAUAUUGGAAUGUGUUGCUGAAUUUCCAUAUCAUGGGCUCCACACAGUCAGGAUUCUAAGUUGACGUGGUCUGUCCUACAUUAGAGAUGCAUAUGCUCAUUGUAUAAGCGCAGCAUUGCCGACAAGCAUUUCAUAUAAUUAAAGAUACAAGAGUAUGUGCGGCACUGCAUAAUCUGAUCCCAAGGUGUACCUCAGAAUGCUUCCAGGCACUUAAAAAAUACUCACUGGAGGCAUUUCAUGAUUCUAAGUGGUUUUUCAGUUUUUAUGUCACUCUGAGGUUCACAUAAAUUGGUCUUCGAGGAGAUGAGUCAUGCAUCUGUGUAUGUUGUCUGUUUUCUUCCAUGGGAGGGCUGCUGGAGCAAUCCCAUAUCAUGUAGAAACGCUUGUCUUAGAAUUGGAAAUCUAAAUGUGUGGUGGUGUUGCUUUUGAAAGCAAAAAUCACUUGUGGGAAGGGAAAUGAGGAUUUUUCAGUUCUACUGUGUCUCCACAUGCAUUUCUUCCUUGGGCAUCUUUCUAGAAGCCCUCCUGCAGAGGAAAAUAUUGUAAGAGAUCUGAUAAAUGUUGCUUGGCUAUAUUAACAGUCCUUUAAUAGGCUGCUCCUUCCCUUGUGCAGAAUGAGAUAGUAGAAUUCCGGGCUAUACCACAUCAGUCUGAAGUUGUUGUUGUUCAUUCUUCCCCCUCCCCUAUAUAAAAAAAAAUCCUAUAGCACACUAGUACAUUAGGGAAAGGGCUGUGUUAAAAUCUCUCAUGGUGAAGUGCUUGUUUAUUACAUGCUAUAAGCUUUCUGUGGAGUGGGAGUGCAUUCAAGAAUAUGACACAUACAUGAUGUGGUAUAGUUCAGAAUUAUACUGCCUCAUUCCUCAUGUAUAGCCAGGCACUUAGAGCUAUUUUGCACACAAUGCUCACCCUAUUAAAGCAUCUCCAUGACACUGAUGUUCAGAAUUCAUGAUGUUCUGAUCUUGCCCUGAAACGACCUGCAUUUGGCAAGAGCUUCAUGAUUUAAUAAAGAACUGAAAUUGCUAUGAUAUUCCAAAGGUUAUCAAGCAGCUACUUUUCGGGUAGUAGAGAGAUACGAUUAACGAUGAAGAUCUUUGAAUUGACUAUGUCUUUAUUUAUUGAUGCUAGGCUUCUCAUUGCUGCUGUUUUCUGCCAUUGCUGCACUGGACCCUUUUAAAGUUAAUUAGAUAUACACCAAUGGUAUAAUAAAAUCAGUUCAGUUAUUCACAGUGCAAGAGGAACAACUGGCUACCUUUUUGCCUUCUGUUGUUUUACGUCACGCUGUUGCUUUCGUAGUAGCUAUCAUUUCCUGCUUCUCCCCAUCCCAACUCCUACGGAAAAUUAGCUACCAUGGAUGGAGAAGAGGGUCGCAGUGCUAACAAUGAGACCCUCUUCUCCAUUCUUCGUAGCUAGUUUUCAUAGCCAUUCCUCCACCAGUGGGUAUGAUUUCUAACCCCCCCCCCCAAUUUUAAGCUUUCUCUGUAUUUAGGAGGGAGGAGAACCUUUAGAAAUCUUAAGUGAAAGAACUUCAGACUGAUUUGUGUUAGUGUAAUUUGUUUAUAUCUGAGCAAUAUUGGGGAGAGCAUUGAGGUGGGUCCUGCACUGAGGCUUGAGCUUAUUGCUGCUGCUGUUCACUAUCUUGGUUGUUGGCUUUAUGUCCCACUGUUCUUCCAAAGGAGCCCAGGGGUAACAAACAUAUCCACAAUUUAAAAGCAAAAGCUGCUGUCCCCCCAAAAUGCUUCACUGCACUCUGCCCUAGAAACCUUACUCCCUUGUCCUCUGUCUAAACCAGUGUAUCCCAAACUUGUGUCUCCAGCUGUUUUCGCACUACACUUCCCAUCAUCCCUGAUCACUGGUCCUGCUAACUAGGGAUGAUGGGAGUUGUAACCCAAAAAUAGCUGGACUCCCAAGUUUGGGAAAGACUGUUCUGGAUAAUUUGCAUCCAGGAGGGCACCCUUGCCUUAUUAAGAAUGACUUGCAGCAUUUGAAAUGGGCCGCAGAACACAGCGAGAGCACACUUAAGCCCUGUCCCAGUACUCUCAGGAAAAGGGAGUGGGGUCUUCAGUUACUGAAAAAUGUGGGCUGAGGAUUUCUUUUCCCUCUUCCUGCUUCAGAGCCUUGUUGGGUUAAAAUUUGCCCAAUUUCUGCUCCAACUAGAUCAGUCAUUGCUUGCGAUUUUUAAAAUUUAUUUAUCUGUAUAGUUCUUAAUUAUUAUUAUUUUUAAAAAACACACCUCUAAGCAGUUUACAUAAAAUAUACAAUAAUCUGAUUUACAUCCUAUGCCCUUUUAAAAAUGUGUUUGUUGUGGGGGGGUGAUAUUGGGUUGUUGUUAUUUUUAUUAUGCAUUUUAUUGUUUUAUAUCUUUAUUUUAUUCUGUGAACUACCCAGAAAACAGAAACCCAAAAUAUAAAUAAAACCAGCAGUUAAAUAUACGUUAUAAAAUAAGAUUACAUGUUCAAAUACAUGUCAGCUUUACAUACUGUAGUAGGCUUGCCUAAACAGAAAAGGUUUUAGCAGGUGCUAUAAACAGUACAGCAAGGACACCUGCCUAAUGUUAAUGGGCAGAGUUCCAGAGUGUAGGUGCUGCCACACUGAAAGAUCAAAUGGACGGUGUCUAGGCACAGUUGGUUUUUCUGAUGGACCUGACAGCCUGGUCUUACACUUGUUUAGCCCGAAGUAAGUCUUGAUGUGCUGCCCUGAAUGGUGCCACUUAUUUUUAUUUGUAAGCCACUUUGUAAUUUAAUUUCUGUCUCUAAUUUAUCAUUAAAGGUCCUGAUAGAAAAGGAAUGGAUUGCAAUGGGCCACAAGUUCUCACACAGGUAAAAUCCAAAUUGUGUGCUAAGAUUAGAAUGUCUGGAAAGGGGAUCCUUCUUGUAUAUGCUCUUAUUGGCCAAGUGCUUUCCGUUGAUGUUACAAUGUGGUCAAGGGGUUGAAGUAUGACUUGGGACAUCAACAUUUGCAUUUACAUUUACAUUACAACAUUUACAUUACAACAUUUACUCAGCACUGAAGCUCAUUGGGUGACUUUGAACCACUAGCUUUCAGCCUAACCGACCUCACAGAAUUGUUGUGAGGAUACAAUGCAGAGAGAGAAACUCUGCAUAGCACCUGAUGAACUCCUUAGAGUGGAACUGGUACAAGGAAAGAUAAGGACUUGUGCUAAGAAAUUCCACAGAUAAGACAAACUUCUCUAAGUGCUCUCCCAUCCAGCUUAGCAACUGGAGUUGCUUGGCUGCAAAGGAGUAUGAGUUUUUACACUCAGUCCUGCCUUUGAGGUUGUGCAGCUUCUCUAAACCCCUCACCAAUUAGGGAUGUAGGAGGCUGCUUUUUUCUAAGUCAGAUGGUUGGUUCAUCUAGCUCAGUAUUAUCUACACAGGACAGCACACGGGGCCUUUUUAAGGCCUACCUUCAGACAACAGAGAUUGAAAAUGAGACCUUUUGCAUGCAAGGUAGAUGCUUUAAAAAUGGGUUGUGGCCCAUCCCCAAGCAUAACCUUCUCAGGCAGGGGUGGUGUGUACGCACACACACGGGAGUCUUCCGCUUAUUGUGGCAGUUUGUUCCUGGUCACUGUACACAUCAUCAGAACGUGCACAAGCAAGUUUCAGCCUGUUCUGUCUCCGCCUUGCUGCCUUUUCGUACCAGAAAUAAUGUGCAAGUCAGUCACACACAUGCUGGUUGUGUGCAAGUGGGGAGUUGCCUGUACACAUGCGCAUGCGCAUACACACACCCAUCAUAAAAUAUCAGGGUAGUGUACAACAAUAUAGAUGAGAUAAAAUAUAAGAACCAAUAAAAUGCUUUAAAAAAUGUUUCUAUCCACAAAGUUUCCUCACACAAUUUAGAACCCUGAAAGAUCUUUGUCUUCUUACCCAGUUCCUCCCUGCCAACUGUGUGCUAAGCCAAAACUUGUUGCAUGAACGUCACCAUAGAAAAUCCUACUAACAUCUUAGUUGUUACAGAAUAUUCAGUGAUAUUGCUAUAAUCAUUCAAGGCACCAUAAUAGUACUUUGAUAUUGUGCCUUUCCUUCAGGGAGUUCAAACUGGCACACAUAAUUUUACAGGUUGAACUUCUGUCUAGUCAUCAGAUAAGCCCAGACCUCCUUACCAAUCAUCAUAAGGUCAGCUGGUCUAUCAGAAUAAUCUCUCCAGAGUGUUUAUUCCUGCUACUUCUCCACCAGAUAAACCCCUUUCUUGAUUCUCUCCUUGAGGUCCUAAAAAUGUGUAUUUUCCCUACCCCCAGCCAAAAUUACAGUAGAAGUUUUGUGAAGGAUAACUGAAUUCUCCACACCUCUCACCAGAUUCUUUGGUGAAGGAUGAGGAUCCACUGAAGGUUAAACGCCUGUUGUCUUCCUUCAGCAAUGCAUUUGAUGAUACCCUCAAACUUUUCUGUCUCUCCAGGUGUGGCCAUCUAGAAGGGGACCCCAAGGAAGUGUCUCCUGUCUUCACCCAGUUCAUUGAAUGUACCUGGCAGCUCAUGCAACAGUUUCCUUGUGCAUUUGAUUUUAAUGAGAGGUGUCUUCUUGAAAUUCACGAUCACGUCUAUUCUUGCCAGUUCGGCAAUUUCCUGGGGACCUGUCACAAGGACCGGGAAGAUAUGAAGUGAGUUGGCAUUUCCAGCCGGCAAAAUUCAGUAUUUUCUCCUUUGUUCCCUGAAGACUAAAAUGAAGGAAUAAUUUCCCUAAACCCACCUGAACUCUGGAGAGUACAGUGGUACCUCGGGUUACAUACGCUUCAGGUUACAGACUCCGCUAACCCAGAAAUAGUGCUUCAGGUUAAGAACUUUGCUUCAGGAUGAGAACAGAAAUUGUGCUCCAGCAGCAUGGCAGCAGUGGGAGGCCACAUUAGCUAAAGGGUGCUUCAGGUUAAGAACGGACCUCCGGAACGAAUUAAGUACUUAACCCGAGGUACCACUGUAAUGCUCUAAAAACAUUAGUUGAGGCCCCUGCAAAUGUGUAUGUGUUUCUUAAAUGCAUUGUCCCAUUGAGUCAGAAAAUAUUUUAGAGAUGGCAUUAAAGGGGAUUAAACAAAUCUAUAAGAGAGAAGUUGACGGCUAUAUGGAACCUCCAUGUUCAGAGGCAGUUGCUGGGUAGCUGGUAGAAAGUGCUAUUGCCCUUAUGUCCUGCUUCACUGAGGAAUCUGUUUGGCCACUGUGGUGAGCAUUAUGCUGGACUAGAUGGGCCUUUGGUUUCAUCCAGCAGGGCAUUUGCAUAAUGUUCUCCCACAUAGAAACAGCCUAAGGUGUGUUCUUGGAACUCCAUGUGAACCUUCAGGAUUUGCAGGAAGCUCAAGAAGAUAAGAGGACAGCUGACACUACACCCCCAUGGUUUGUCUUGCCUCCUAUGAACUGCUAUGCCAGACCUGUAAAGGGGGACUGUAUAUGGAUGGAGUUACAGAUGACAAAAAUUUGGGCCUGCCAUUGAAUGUGGUGCCCCUAUAAUAUCCCUCUGUAAUAUGCCAAGAAACUAACCUGUGUCCUGAUCUUACCACACCGCUCAUUUCACCUCCCUCGUUCUACUGCAGAUGGGAAGGUGUACAAUGUAAUGGUGACAGGAAGAUUGAAAGGGAUGCUUCACGGUAGGGACGCAGGAACUUGACACGUGGCUGCCAUUUUUGGUGGCAGCAGCAUGGUUUAUGUCACUUUUAGUUCUUCCCUAUGAUUGGCUGAAUUGCAGCAGUUCUCUCCCUCUAUAGCACCCUUCUGCUUCUCUAGAUCCUUUUGUUUAUAUCUCCUAUCAUCAAAAACUGGCUACUGUAAUCACUCACUUUUUAUUUCCUAGAAUCCUUGAGAAGACUCAUUCCCUGUGGCCUUUCCUUCUCCAGAAGAAGCAGGAGUUCAGAAACCCUCUCUAUAAGGGAUUUGCAGCUUACAAGGAACUCCGGCCAAACACACUGCCAUUUAGUUUCCAGUAAGUUGCUUAUUAGCUGCUAACAUGAGUUUGACCAAACUGCAGGAAGCAGUGGAAGACAGGAGUGCCUGACAUGCUCUGGUCCAGGGGGUCACAAAGAGUCGGACACGACUAAAUGACUAAACAACAAAAGUUACUUAUUGGUGGAAAGUAGUUAGGGAAACAAGGAACCUUGCUGCUGCCUUGACUCUCGAGUUGUCCCAUUGCUGAUUCUGCUUUAAUUUUGUAACUGCAUAAUGAAAAUGAAGAGACUAAGGCUGCCUCCCCCAGUCCUGGUGCUCUUCAGAAGUUUUGGGCUACAACGCCUAUCAACCCCAGGCAUCACAGCCAAUAGUCAGGAAUGAUGGGAGUUAUAGUCCAACAACAUCUGGAAGGAACCAGGAUGGGGAAGGCUGCUGUAAGGAAAAAUUAAAAUUUUAUUCCUUUGCUUGACCUCAAAACAAGGAAAACGCAUGUUUGAAAUCCUUCACUAGAAGCAAUUCCAAUGGAAAUAACUGAUUGUGUAUACUGUUGUACACAGUGUUGUCUAUCAAAAGGCAUGGACACAAUUCCCUUGUGGCCAGAACUGUGAAAAAAGUUGUUGCCUGGGAUUGUGCUGCUUCACUGGGUGAAGAAGCCCCUUCCCAGAGAGAAAUGUUUGAUAAUGUUUAAUGCUUUGUUAUUGUGAGAUGCUUUGAGUUCAGUGUUAUUGGAAGAGCUGCAUACAAAUAUUAAAUCAAUCAAAUGUCGAAAACUCUUUUGAAUUCUGAAGUGUACCUCUUCCUAUCAGGUUUAUUUAACAUGAGGAGGAUGGGGGUUAUUACACUUUAUAAAAACUUCUUCUGUAAUAAGGAAACCACACUUACAUUGUCAUCAUCAUCAUCCCCUUCGCAGAUCUUAGUUUCUAUUUUUUUCUCUCCCUUUCCUUGAGGUUCUGGUGUGGCAUGUAUAACCGCUUUGACAAAGGAAUGCACCCAAAACAGUGUGUAUUGGAUCAUCUCCUUGGCUGCAUCAGCCAGAAAGUGGAGCUGGAGGGUGUUGCUACUGACUUGGAAAAUGUAAGUAGUGCACAGCAAUGAAAUACGUGUUCAGAAAAAGAAAACCUAAUCUUGCAAUGCAGGCCUUCACAAUACAACUGAGAUUGGGAAAAAGGAGGCACUUUUCACUGGAAGGUAGGUGUGGAAUUAUCCCAAACUGUGCCUUAGUAUAUCCAUGCCUUUGCAGUCCUAGGCAGCCGGCAAAGCCAAAGUACUUGUGAAGCUUACUGUGGGUUGUGUUUUGGUGGUUUACCAGCUGUGUGGGAGUCUUCCAAGUGCUCUGUAAUUCUAUCUUCAAUAAUGCUGUCUGCCGAUUUUACUGUGACCAGUUAGGGUUAGUCCAAGAUGUUACCCAAUAGGUACAUAAUAUCAGCUAGGUGUUGAAGUGCUUUCCUUCCUCCAUUCCGACCUGCUUCACCAGAAGAUCUGAUAUUUGUAAAGCAAUGAUACUCCAUAUGCUGGUCUCAAAAAUGCUUUUAUUCUCAUAGUUCAUUCUUUCUUCUGAUAUAGAAGUUGCCUCCCUUAGAGGGACCACUGCCAGAUGAGGUUUCCAUCUUAUCCAAAAUGGUUACUGCAUCAACUGUCUGUUCCAAGUCCCCAAUGCUCAACACACCCCAGGACUAUGAGGACGAGCCUCCUGCCCUGUUGGCUAAUGGCAUCCUGGCAAGGGAGGAGGGAGAUGAACCUGAUCAGCAGCUGAAGAGCCAAGAGGGUCUUGUUAAUCCCCGCGACAUUCCAGGUGGCGACAGCAGCAGCAGCAGCAGCAGCAGUAGCAUCCGUGGGACCAUCCAGCCUGAGGCUCGAGCAAGAAAUCUCCAUUGAACUGAUCUUUGCAUCUGCCCUGAGCCAUAGAAAAUCGGCAAUAAAGCAUGCAAGACCUGUGGCCCGGUGCUGGGAGAGCCACCUCACUCACGUAUGGCUAAGUGUUGUGUUAUGUAUUUUGGAAGCAAGGGAGGAGGCUGGUGUUCAAAGGCUUUCAAGAGCAACCCAUGGGUUUGCAUGGGGCUGGCUUUUGGGCUGCCACAAAUAGUUUCUGGGCAUAUCUUCCAGAACAGCCACACAUGUUUCUUUUUCUGGUGCAAGUACACACGGCUUCUGAGGCAGGUAGCCGUUUCCAAGAUGAGGAAGUUUUUUAAAGCCACAAGGUUUCAGAUACAUGGAUUCAAAAGCAUUGUGAGCUACUAGCGAAUGGAAGAAAAUGCCAGUCCAUAUUAGAGAGGCUUUCCUUGGCUGGCUUCUGACACCUUGCAUGGGAAUUCUCUUCAGUGGCAACAUUGGGUUAAUAUUUGCUGGCCCCUGCACAUAUUUUUGUAAGCAGUUGUGCCUUUUUUGUUCUUUUUUCUUUUUUUAACUAGAGAUUACUGUCGUGUCCAACCAUUAGCAAUGUGAUGUUUUAUUACUGUGAUAUGUGGCUGUAAUGUGCAAGUUUGUGAUCUUUUUUAUUGAUACCUUUUUUAAAACACAAAACAACCUGUUUUGAACCUGUCUUGCUGAUAGUUUAUAUCUUUAUCAAUGCUAAUGAGCUUGAAUAAUAUUGUGGCAUGUAGAUGAAGUGGCGAUAGACUAUGGUCAAAGGUCUUAAAGCAUCUAUAGAAGUCUUGGCUGCUCAGUGACAUGCCAUUUAGCUUCCACUCAUUCCUGGAGGUCUAGUCCAAGCACUGUCUGGGUUACUGUGCAUCUUUGCUGGCAUAGGAAUGGGUGCACAGACUCUCCACUCCACCCCACAUACAGUAUUACAUGUGCACAGAAACUCAGUUACAUAAGACAACACAUUCUCAGUCUUCCUGGCUUUCAGGAUAAUGAAUCACAUGAAUUCAUUAACCUUGUGGAACACCUGGUUCAUGCAUGGAAGGAAGGAGGGCAGCACACCUAUUAUUCUACCAUAGGAAGCCUCUUGUCAGCUUCCUAAAUAUCUGAGCUGGACCAAAGUGUGAUUACUGUGACAUAUUUGAGACAAAAUGGGACCGAGGUUUCCCAUUUCAUCUCUUGGGAAUUGCCUUGUGUGAUUUGUUAUUGACCUCCCAGAGUGAAGGAUUUGGAAAUAAAAUGUAUGAGUUUGUAGUGUUUCCAGUUCCACCAUUAUUGAAAUAGAUGCACAAGAUUUGUGUUGUUUUAUGCUUGUUAGUGGCACACUCCUUAUCUGAGUGAGUGAACUGCCACCAUGCUAUAGAUCAGGGGUGGGGUACCUUGGCUUUCCAGAUGUUUGAUCCCAAUGCCCAUCAUCCCUGGCCAUUCUCUGUGUUGGUUGGAACAGAUGAGAGGCAGCUGUAUUCCAGCAACAAUUGGAGUGUCACAGGUUCCCUAUCUUUCUUUUAAUACAUUCCUUAUUGGGUAAAAUAGUGAUACGUAGGCUUGGAGAUUCCUGCUGACUUAACAAGAGGAAGAACAGUUUGCACUUGCAAAAUACUAAUUUUUCCACAAAGCACUAACAGACAGUGUAGCAUCCUACAUUUGUUUUUUACUCCCCACCCCCCACCCCACUGUUGUGUAUUUGCAGUCUUGGCAACAGGAGUGGAUCAAAGUGAAGCAUUGCUCCUUGUAAUCUUCUGCACUUAUCCAGGGAAAUGAGAUUUCAGGCACUAAAACACUAUAUCCUAUUAUGAUAGAAAAAAAAGUCUCUUCAUAAGUUAGUCACAGUUCCUGACUUGCCAUUAGCAGCUGAUUUCAGGACUGUGUUUUAUGGAAUACAUUUUGAAAUAUUGUACAGUUAUCCGGUCUUUAUGACCAGCCUGGCAUUUUCUCCGCAUGUAAUAUUGCCAGAAUGGUAUAUGCUUUGCUAGGACACUGAGCUCUGGUAUUCUAAUAAAGGUGCUUCUUAAGAAUCUCUGCCUGGUUAGACGAGAACAUUUCGCCUCACUUCCUCUUAGCCUUGCUGCUCAGAAGUCCAUUAACAAUAUGCUGCUAGAGAAGAUGCAAGCUUAUGCUAAUGCAUAUUUAUCUUGCUUGUUUGCUUUUUGACCUGCUGGUCUUUUUUUAAAAAAAAACAAAACAAAACAAAAAACCUUCAUUUUCAGAAUAUAGAAAAGGGAAGAAAAGUCAGGACUUGAAACCCUAAUUAAGCACCGGGUCCUGAUGAAAAGAGUUGAAACAGUACACAUGCAUAACAAUUAUUAGCAAGCAAAUGUGUGACCAAAUAUAUUGAUGCUAAUCCAUGGGCACUAAAAGUCAAAAAAAUUGUAGUUUCUUUCCUGUAAAGCAGGUGUGCAAAAACAUUCUCAGCCCAAAGGCAACAUUCCUUCCCGGAGAACCUUCCAGGAGCCACAUAUUGGUGGUAAAUGAAGCCAGAGCCUAAAGUGGGCAGAUGUAAGGAUGUAACUCCCAGUAGGCCACAUUCCAGGAGCACAAAAGCUGGAUGUUACUACAGCUACCCAUGCAGGCAAGCAAGAGUCAUAGUUAUCAUUCAAGCACAGAUUCCAGCCAUGCAAAAACACUCAAGCAAGUACCAGAGCGUUAGUGAGUAGCAUGGCUUGAAGAGUGGGGGGUGGCCUCAUGUUGUGGGGCAGCAUAAUGAGAGUCCCAAGCAGAGGAAAAGGCCUGGAGGGCCACAUCUGGCCUCUUGGGCCCGAGGUUCCCCACCCCUGAUGUAUAGAUAAAUUAAGUCCUUUGUUACACUGUUUUUAAAAGGAAAGCAACUUUUUUAAAUAUAAAUUAUGUAGGAGUAAGACAUUCCAGUCAAAGGUGAGAAAAUGUUAAACUAUGCAUUCAAAUGUACCUCUGUAAUAAGCACCUAUUAUCUUCUAAUACUACUAUAUAGCAUUUGCUAAGUGAUUCCGUUUAAAUUUCAGUAUUAAUGUUGUUCAUUGUGUUCCAAAAUGAACUUGCCUUUUCCUGGGGUAAAAGCACCUGUUAUCUGACCAGUGUGAUUUGAAUGGAAAACAGCAUUAGAAUCAUAGAAUUGUAGAGGUGGAAGGGACCAUGUGGGUCAUCUAGUCCAACCUCCUGCAAUGCAGGAAUCUUUUGCCCAACGUGGGGCUCGAAUGCACAACUCUGAGAUCUCAUGCUCUACCGACUGAGCUAUCUCCUAGUAACUAAAUUCAGUCUUCUGAAAGAAUGGUAGUUGCAAGCUUUGAAGCUGUGAUUCAUGUCUCUGGAGAAAGUUCUGAAAGCACUUGAAUCUUUGCCUGGUUGCUGAGAUUUUGGAUUCUUGCCUUUAAGACUCAGUCAUAAAUUUCAUUAUCUCAGUCUUUUAUCACUACUGAAACAUCUUCAUUCUGUGCUAGCCUGAAGUGAUCACAUUUUCUUCCAUUUCUUCAAGAAGAUCACCAGUUGCUAUCUUUUUCUUUGGGCGACACCUCUUAAAAUAUUUUUUUCCUUUCUUGUAUAUCUAGUUCCUUCAUUUUGUUAAACACAAUCCCAUCCAAUCUAAUAAACUUUUCCAGCCUUGUAGUUUUGAUCUCUAAGCCUUUCUAGCCUUUCAUCUAGUAUUAAAGUUCCUUUCCUCAUGUAGAUUGAUAGAAAACUCUAACAUUAGUUCUUGGUAAACAAGAGGAUAAGUUUUCAAAUAGGGAUGCUUACAAAAUUCUCCCCAUCUGAAUUUCUUACUAAUCAAUGUGGAGAGGAUCCACAUUACUCUAUAUUACCUUAAACUUGCUGAAGUGGCACUAAUGUAUCAUUAGUCCAAAAAAUUUCAGUUCCUAGGUGUUUUGUUUGGUCUCAUGUGAAACUCAUCACAGUUUUCAGUCUGCCCACCCCUCCCCAUUACAGAUACAUUCACCAGAGCCUAGUACGUAUACUGAUUAAGCUGUGGGAAUCCUGAUACGUAGAUCAGGGACGAUCAAUCUGUGGCUCUUGCAUGUGUUGAGGAAGAGGUAAACAGAGGAAGCUUCCUUAUACCAAGUCAGAUCCUUGACCCUUAUACCAGGUCAGGCCCCAUCUAGCUCAGCAUUGCCCACACUGACUGGCAGCAGCUGUCCAGGAUUUUAGACAGAGUCUCUUUUCAGCCCUUCCUGGAGAUGCUACUAGAGAUUGAACUUGAGACCUUAUGCAUGCAAAGCAGAUGCUCUACCACUGAGCUGCAGCCUCUUUUGGAGUGGGGUGGAAUGACAGGGAGGACCUGUUCACUUUGAGUUCUGGUCCCACUCACCACCAUCUGGAAGCAAAUACAGUCCUCAAGAGAAAAAGCUUUCCCCAUCACUAUGGUAGGUUGAGAUCCAUUUUUCAUGACUGUAAUUUAAUCAAUCUGGAUUCCAUUGGUGUGUGCAUUAGUCACAUGGAAGUAGGAGAAAUAUGUGAAUUAAGAACUGCAGUGCCUGCUACAAAUUCACAGGUUUUAUAGUCCUUGCCCAAUCUAGAAAGUCAUGCAUGACCCAGUAAAUCCAUGGAAUAAAACUGGCGUGUGGGGAGAUAGCCAAACAUUCCUUGCUAAUGUGAAGUAGUCUGUUAAUAAACUGAUUUUAUUGCAUUUGUUUUCUCUCUAUAGAUAGAUAUAAUUAAAACAAAAUAUGAUACCUAAUUGUUCAAAGCGGUUUAAGCAAAAAGGGAUUGUGGUAAAAUGGCAAAUGCAGUUCAGUAUAAGCAAGGGUCAGGUUAUGUACACUGAGGCAAAAAAAUAAUAAUUAAUUUCACAUAUAUAUGCUCUUGGGGAUGAACUGCUGGUGAGUGACCAGGAAUGAGACCUUGGGGUUGUAGUGGAUAUUUUAAUGAAAAUGUUGACCCAGUGUGUGGCAGCUGUGAAAAAAGUGAAUGCCAUGGUAAAAUAAAACUGCCAAUAUCAUAAUGCAAAUCUAUGAUGCAGCCACUCUUGGAAUACUUCUCUCAAAAAGGAUAUUUUUCAUGGAAGAGGUUAUGAAAAGGGCAUCUAAAAUGAUCAAGGGGGUGGAGCAGCUCCCCUAUGAGGAAAGGUUACAGCAUUUAGUUUGGUAAAAAAGCAAGUAAGAUUUUGUGGCAUGGAGAAAGUAGAGAGAAGUUUUUUGUCCCCCAUAAUACUAGCACUCAGGGACAUCCAAUGCUGGAAGAAUCAGGACAGAACGUAUUUCUCCACCCAGCAAACAGUUGAAAUGUGGAAAUUGUUCCCACAAGAGGUAGUGAUGAAUAGUUUGGAUGGCUAUAAAAGAGGAUUAGACAAAUUCAUGGAGGAUAAAGUUAUCAAUGUCUGUCAGCCAAGAUGGUUAUGUUCUAUCUCCACUUGAUGCUGGGAGGCUUCUCUUGUGCUCGGAUCCUACUUGCGGGUUUUCUUUAGGCAUUGUUGGCUGCUUGAAAAACAGAAUGCAGAACUAGAUGUGCUUUGUGGUGAUCCAGCAGGCUCUUCUUAUAUUGAACUUGUUGCACAGCGAAGUCAGAACACAGAGUCAAAAUUCACAGUAAAAAAGAAAAACUUGUACUGAGGUAAACAGACUUCUUUACACUGUACAAACAAAAAUGGAAGAGAGCAAAGUAAAAAGAAGUAAAGCGCACAGCGAGCCCAUGUAUUUAUCCUUCCUGGCUCCAUGUGACUUCCUGUAAUUGAAACAAUAUAAGGAAAUGAGUUAGAGUGAGUCAGCUAGAAGAAUGAAUCUGCACUUUUCAGCCUUUUCCAACACUUUACUGCUUCUGCUCUCAAAGACCGUUGUCACAUGACAGAACUUUCCAUCUCAUGCCUUGCUCACGUUGUUGUCCAAGAGAUGGGCAUAUCUGAAAGACUAUCUUUGCAUGUGGACAGAUGUACAUAUUCUGGAGGUAGGCUAUAUCUCUUCACGUAUAUGUCUGUACCAGAUGUGGACUGGUUCAGUUAAGAGAUGCAAGUAAUUCUUAUGCAGGCAAGCUCUGAGAUGAGUUGAGAUGAAAGAAAAAUAGGCUUCUUUUAUUUUGAGCCGUACACUUUCUACUUAAAGUUUGUGUGUAAGAUCUGUAUGCUAAAGGUCUACACACACCUGAAUGUACCAGGUCACUUGCACUGACGUGUAGUGCAUUAGCAGGCAAUUUCACCAGACUGCAUAAUGUAGCUCUUCUCUCCAGCAGUUGGAUCAUUUUUGACUUCUCUAAUUAUGAACAACAUUUUCCAUGUCAAGAACAGAAAUACAGAAGACUGCUGAAAACGCUGUAGCACGUCCUUGGGCCUCCUAUAUCAGAUAUAAUUGGCUUCCCACUGUGGCACCAAGCAGAGUCUAGAUUUCUUAAAGCUCUUACCUGCUGCUAAAAAUAGUGUUUAGGGAUGAAUGGGAAAUGGGAAAUCUGAAAAUGUCUGCCCAAGUCUAUCCAUGAAUAGGUUUCAUGAGGCUCCUUUUCUCAAUGGAUGUGGAGUGAUUUACCUGAUCAUGCCCACUGGUCUUCCCUAAGGGUCUGUCUUUUCUGAUCCCCCUUGCAUCACUGUUAGAUCUGGUCUUUAUUUGACUCCCUUGUGUUUCCUUCUGCUCAGUAUGCCAUCGCAAUUAGGAAAAAAUGCCAAAGGGGGGGAACCAGUGCCAGGUGUUUACAUUACACCUGUCAUGGACAUUAUAAAGAGAAGGCAAGGCCUCUCUUGGUUCCCACUCAAAACACAACGGCAGCUGCUCUUCCUUGAAAGGGUGGAAUAGAUAUUUAGUGAAGCAGAAGUAACAGUACAGACCCAGUGACCAGCAUAGAAUUAUAGUAGGAUCAGAGCUCUGAGAAAGUGACAGUAAUUGGCAGGAUUCGUUGGGCUAGAAGCAAGCAUUCCAAGUUCAAAGAGUCCAAGAUCAGGGCAAGAGGUUCAGAAAUGCACUGAAGUCAGAGUUCUCACAACCAACUGCCAAGCUUUUAAAGGUGGGGUUUGCUUAUUCAUGAGAUCCUUAUACCUUGUGUGAAUGUUGAACUUGCAGACAUGCACUGCAUUGGUGAUGGUGGGGUGUCUUCCCACCUGCAGAGCUGCCAUGAGGUCCUGAAUGACAAGGCUGUGCCCUUCAUUUCUAUAUCCUUCACACACACACACACCCCAAGUAGUUGGCUGAUGCCCUCCCCAGACUGCACUGAUACUGACUUCUCUGUUGGAGGGAUCCCCACCACCCCAUCCGGGGCUGCCGGACUCUGGGGAAGGGGUGAACCUGCCUCCUCCAGUCUCUCUUCCAUUGACACAGCUCCCACUAUUCCUUUCUCCUCAUCACCUUCCUUGUUCUCCACAACUUUCCAACCCUAAGCCUGACAGAGUCUCAGGCCUCACAAUGUAGCUGCUGCUGCCCCAGUCUUUUAUGAAAACACAAGAUGGGCACUGGUUAAUACUGUCGAAGCAAAGUGAGUUCCUGUUGGCUGCUUGCUUGCUUCCUUGCUUAUGAUCAAUAUGUGGAGUUGGGCAACAUGAUGCCACAUAGACACCUAAAACCUUGUAGAGUGCUACCAGCGACUGGGUGGGGAGCUGUUACUUGUAAUGGUGAGUGAUUAUGCCAUGAAUAGGUAAAGAUAAGAAGAUCCUGGUAGAGCAGGCCAGGGACCCACCUAGCCCAGCAUCUUCUCACAGUGGUCAGCCAGAUGCUUAUGGGAAGCCCCAAAGCAGCAACCAAACACAAUAGCACCCUACCCACUUGUGAUUCCCAGCAACUGGCAUUUAGAGACAUACUGCCUCCUAACAAAGGAGGUAAACAUGUGGUCCUCCACUUGUUUGUUUUUAGUCUCCCAACUCCCAUCAGCUCCAGCCAGCAUAGCCAGCGGCCAGGGAUGAUGGGAGGUGGUAGACCAGCAACACCUGGAGGCUCACAAGUCCCCCAUCUCUUGGUUCAGCCAAGCUUACCAGGCCAUCACUACCACAUGGAAGAAAGGGUAGCAUGGACAGAGUAAGUCUGGGUUCAUCACUGUCAAACACUGCCCCCCUACGCACCUGCAGGUAGUUGUGUGUAAAAUAGCUGUGUGAUGUGAUGACUUCCAGUCCAUACAGUGUCCCCUGUUACCAGGUUAAACCAUAAACUAUGACUAUGAAAGGGAAAGUAGAAUUUGCACAGCAAGGGUGAGAGGCCCCAUUCUCCAGUUCUUGCUGAGCCUUUGCAUUAGUGAUGCAAUGAGACACAGCACACAUUGCUUGGGCUCUCGUCUGGUUGUCAUUGCAUGUUAUAUAAUUUGAUUUGAACAUAGCUGUUGGACACGAGAAAUCGUGGAACAGACUUCUGAUUUUACAUCCCUCCUUCUGCUUUAUUCAGCCUUCAUGGUUUCAUGGCAAAAGUCAUCCUUCUUGCAUAAUGGCACUUCUCCCUUUUCCUUCCAUUAACACCUUGUACCUUGAAUACUUCAAGAGCACAUUUUACCUACACAGAGCCUUCAACUCCCACAGAACCCCAGUGCAUUGCAGGGGAUAAUAGGACAUAUUCUGCAGUAGCCUUCCCCAACCUGGUGUUCUCCAGAUGUUUUAGACUGGGGUAGUCACCUUUUUUAUACCUACCACCCACUAAUGCAUCUUUCUUGAUGGUAAAACUUCCUUACUGCCCACCAGUGCUCGAUGGAAGGAGGAUUCAGCUUGUGCCGUAGAACCCCCUACCGCCCACCUAGAAUCCUGAAAUGCCCAUUAGUGGGCAGUAGGGACCAGUUUGACAACCCCGGUUUUAGACUGUAACUCUCACCAGCGCCCCCACCCCCUAUCUUGGCUUGAGCUGAUGGGAGUAGAAGUCCAAAGCAUUUAGAAAGCAUAUGUUUCAGGAAGGCUGUUCUACCAUCAAGUAGAGCACUUGACCAAGCUUAUUGAUGAGCCUUGUGACCCUAGAACAUGACACAGAACACACCUACUUCUUCUCUGUGGAUCAGCAGGAGGCUGAAAUGCUUCUGAAUGACCCACAGGACUCCAUACCAUCCAACAUUUCUCCAAUGAAAAUAGGGACAUCCUAAGGAAAAGUACUUUCCAGGAUAAAAUCAGAAAUGGACUGCUUUUCUAAAUCAGGGACAUUCCUGGAAAAUAGGGACACGUGGAGGGUCUGCAAUCAUGGGAGUUGUAGUCCAGCAACACCUGCAGGCAACACAUGUUCUCACCCUGUUCUAGCUGAGGAACACCCCCCCCCCAAUGUAUUUGGCCCAUUAAGGGAUGCCAGAAGAGGGUAGGAACAUCUGUACUACUCACCACAAACAUUAAUCCGACUGUGCGUGCAUAUUUGUAUGUAUAUAUGUGUGUGUUUGUGGAGCAAUGUAAUUAUUGGGUUGUGCAGUGUGUCUGUUUCUGUUUUUUAAAGUGAGCAUACAGAGAUUGCUUCCGAAACUGCCGAAACUUUUGUAGUAAAUUUAAAUUACAUCCAAUAUUCAAGCUGAAAUGUUUUUUUCCAGUUUCUGUAAGCAUACUGGCCAUAUUUUGUCUUAAAAUAUUGCUGUCUUGAACUAUGUGAUUAAUGCCUCACUGUAUGUCAGUUUGAAUACAUUUCCGUGGUCCAGUUUCACUUGAUAUACUGCUUAAAAAACAAACAAGGAAAGAAUGCUACUGCCCCUUAGAGUGGUGCAUUGCAUUAUUUAAAAUGUGGUUACAAGUCUCAUGGAGGGUUUAAUUUGUACGUAUUGCUUUUUUAUUUCGUAUGAAAAUGAAUAAAUUCCUUGCAUUUUUUUAAAAAAGA